ACUCUUGGAACUCGCCGGUGUUGAUUCAGCCUCUCGUCGCAACACGGGACAGCUAGAGCAGCCGUCCGAGCGGCGAUAAGAGACCGGACGACCGGUGGCCUCGGCUCAUCGACAUUCAAGCAGCCCAGCUUCUUGCCAACGUGGCGGUGUGGCGGUGAUUGCGUCAAAUCGCAUGACGAUGGAGGGCGCCUCUUCGGACGCGCGCUGCAGCGGAGGCGGGAACCUGGCGAGCGUGACGGGUCCCGGAGGCGGUUCGGAGGCGGCCGUCGUGGAGGCAGACAGCCUCCAGGCGGCCGCCUCCAGUCCGGGGAACAACUCGUCGCCCACGGCCGCCGAACAAAUGCAGAACGACGACAUGGACGCGGACGACGAGGAUGACGAGGACGAUCCCUUGAGCAUUACUGACUCCUCGAACAACAGCUUGAACCGCGCACCCACUAGCCGUGAAAUGCGGAAUCGCGCGGAAAAGCAACGGCGUGACAAGCUAAACACUUACAUUCAAGAGUUGUCGCAGAUUAACCCACUAAUUAGCUCUAGCGAGCGAAAAAUGGACAAAACGUCUGUGCUGAGACUCUCCGCCGCGUUGAUGCGAUUAAAGAAAUGCCGUGAGGCACUGGAGGAGAGCAUGGAGUGCGAAAUGGCUGCAGAGGCGCAACCUGCUGUCAACUCCUUUGAUAACAACAACAGCAUCUGCAAAUCUGACGCCGUCAACAACAAAAGUAGUGCUGCAACGCUGCCUUCAUCGUCUUCGUCCGUCAAAAGUUUCAGGUCAAAACAAAGCUUCUCUCCUUGGCUACCUUUUCCAGAAAGCCUCACUGAGCACAUGCUAGAGGAUAUGAACAGCUUUCUUCUGAUCUUGGCUGGAAAUGGAAAAAUCAUCUAUGUGUCAACGUCGGUUGUCAAACUGCUCGGCCACACUCAGAGCGAGCUGAUGGGUCAGUCGCUGUACAACUUCACCUGUAAGACCGACCAUGAGUUCUUACGAAGCGGUCUGCAGAUCGACCCUGAUGGUGAUCCCGGUCCAAACAUCAAUGCUAGAUGCCAGCGAAAGAACUUCUUCAUCAAGCUGUGCCAGAAGUCUACAGGAAGGAGUGAUAGCGCCCAGUUUGAGGUAUUCCAGAUCAUUGGAAGCCUCAAAGUACUCGGAGGCAACAACAAUGCCACUAAUGCUGCUGAGGCUCACUCGACGCAGAUCUGCAGGAAGUCCACAGGCAGGAUUAGAGCAGAGUCGGGCAGCAGUCACCAAGGCCAAAAUCAAAACCAGCCAGACGUGGUGUUGAUGGCCAUAGCUAAGAUGGCAAACCUCCGCACCUCCAACUUGGUGUGCAUGGACUCAAACAAGGAGGAGUAUUUCACCCGACACAACCUUGACGGUGACAUCAUGUUCUGCGACCAAAGAGUUUCCAUCACUUGUGGUUACAUGGUGGAUGAAUUAUGUGGUUCCUCUGCCUUCCGGUACGUCCAUGUUAAGGAUCUUAACUGGUUGCUUGUUUCACUCAGACAAAUGUUCACCAAAAACGGCUUUGGAUAUUCCACCUACAGAUUGCUAUCAAAAACAGGCGACUUUGUUUAUAUGCGAUCACAUGGCACCUUAGAGUUUGACAAGGAGACCAGCAAGGUCAUCUCGUUCGUUUGCGUUAACACACUUUUGUCAGAAGAAGAUGGCAAGAAAGGCGUCGAAGAAAUGAAAAAGCGUUUCAAUGCCAACACAAAGAAUUCUCAAGCCAACAUUAUAAUUAAAAACGAAGAACUCGGUGAAGAUAUUGAUAUGAUGAAAGAUCCCUUUCAAAUGACGCAGAUGAUCAAAAAACUCUUGAGGACCUAUAAUGUCCCACAAACACCGGUCAAUGAGGAAGUGCCUGAGUCCGAGUAUCGUAAAUGCUUUGUCGCCUCCAAAUCACUGCCUCCUCCCACAGCAUCAAUGAAAAUUAUGCAACGUCGAUCAUCAACCGCAAGCGGGACCCCGAUGCAUAACCAGGUGUCACCAACAUCUCCCGGCCCAAGCAAAAAUUGCGCCACGCGGCGGCCGUCCAAGUUUGAGCAGGAUUUGCACCCGUUGCCGAGCGAGUCGCACCAGCUGGACACGCGAUUCCAAACGGGCAAGGGCACUUGCGUGGGGCGGCCGCGUUCGCAGCGUCAGCGAGCAGCGUCACAGGACCCGCCCGUUAAGCAGAGCAGGCGCGGUCGACCGCGCGGCUCUGGCAUCGGCACCAAACGGAAGGCUGUCAAGUGCGAGGCGGACACGCCGACUGCAAAACGCAGCCUCCACAGCACCAUCUCGUUUACCUGUGAAGACCAGUCCUUCAAAGUCCUGCACGCCUCUGUGGUGGACGAACCGCUGUCGAUGGGCCUUUGGGAUGACAGCGGGAAUUCCAUCAUGGAGGGCAUGUCUAGUUUGUGCGACGAUAGUCAAGGGUUGGCGAUGUUUGACGACUUUCAUCUGCAGUUAUCGCCAUCACAGCACAGCUUGCAGGUUCAAACUGUUGCCAAGACAACAAUGAGUGAGUCUAAUGAGGACACGGCGAGUGUAUGCGGGGCGAUACACGAGCUGACAAGCAGCAUAGAUAGGCAGCCAGACAUUGGCAUUUGAGUGCUUGAGCUUCGGACGUCGCUGCGGUGAGUCGGUUGAACAAAUUACCGAGUCGUGCGGCGGCGGAGGAAGAGGAAUGGUCACAAAGUUCAGUGUGCAACGCAGCGCGCGCGGAAUCGAAGCGCCACUCGCAGGUUACGCGCCAGAGCGGGACUCUGAUAGAAAGAAAUACGCAUGAUUAACUCAUUCUUAAGUGUAGCCGUACUUGAUUACUCCAUCUAUAUUCUAUUGUAUCUGCUAUUGAGAUGAAGAAUGACCAUACAGUUGAUAUACACACAAACAUGUACCGUAUGUAAUCGAAUAGAAAUUUACGUACAGCUUGUUUUUCGUCCGUAGUCUGUUCCUUGUUUGGUGUACUUUUGACCAAUCAAAAUCGUUUUAGACGUUUACAUACACAACAUAACAACAUUGCCUAUGAAAGUAGCGUGAAAUUUUGUCUCGCUUCUAUUUGCUCACAUACAAACACAAACACACAUUCACGAGAACAAACAAUUCAAGUUACACACACACACACACACACUCAAACGAGAGAAUCAUAAUUUGUAGUAGUAAUGUUAGGGGGAAAAUAACAACAACAACAACAACAACACUGAAAAAUACGAGUCUUCGAAUACCUUGAGGAGGCGAUGGAGCAGUCCAUUUAAGGGGAGAUUUUGGCAGCUGAUUUGAAAUAGUUGAAUGAUGCAGCUCCUCGUCUCGACUGCUGCAAAAAUUAACAUUUGCGACUUUUUUAUCGACGAGCCUACUUUGCUGAUGAAAAUAAUAAUAGACUACUGAUAAUGAUUUCUGACUGAAUUUGCCGCGCGAGUUUUUGACAAGGGAGAACUUAAAUGAAUAAAACAAAAUCACACAUACACACUUGCUGAACACUGGACAUAACGCGAUUUUAUGUGAAAAACAAGCACUGUAAUGACUGAAUUUUAUCGUAAUAAAGAGUCUUAUUAAUGAUAGGUGAGUUGAUCAUGUGUAAAACCUAGCUGCUGUAUAAUUAAAUCAUUAUAUUAAACUCGGUUAAGAGAAUAACGGAAGAGAGAACUAGCAGGUAAUAUGUGUAUUAAGAGAUUUUGACACUUCCUCUUCUUCGAACUACUCUUUUUGUGCUUCUCUUUGUUAUUCUGUCUUUUUAAAUAUUUUACGCUGUUUUUACAAACGUGAAAGAAUACACAAGCGGUUUUUUUGCUUUUUCGUCACAAGUGGUUGUAUUCUUGAUGCGAAAUCAAGUGAAAGAAAAAUUCUAGGGUUCUCUUUGUAAGGCAAAAUGUUGUUAUUUUUCUCUGAAUUUGCAAUGUAUAAUUAUACAAAGUGGCAUAAUGGUUAGAGUUUUUGGAAAUUGUAUUUUCAUGAAACGUCUUAUGCUGUAUGUAUACAGAAAAGAAGAACAUCAAUGAAAUUGGUUCUUAUCUUAAGAAAGCUGUUAUAGGUAAUGCACGCCUCUGCCUCUUCUCGGCCGAUUUGGGUGUUUGCUCGAGAGCUCGGUGACUCUCGAAUCGGAUAUUUAGCCUCACAUGGUACAAAAAAUUGCAUUUUGCGACGCACGCGCAGGGCGCGAUCACACAUGGCUCAAUCGCGGAAAUGCUCAUUGACGCUCAGAAUGUUUUCCACGUCAUCCGAGUGUUAAAUGGAAUACGGCUAGUUCGUUCUAACCGUCGGUUUUUCGUCAUUGUUUAAUUUGUGUAUUAGGUUAAACGCGUGUUCCUUGCUGUUUCAAAUGAUCUGUGGUCUGGAUGAAAGAAAAAAUUAUUUUUUAUCGUGCGCGAAUGGAAAAGUAGUGCACUUUUUUGCCCGCCGGCGAGCGCUGCGCGACCGCUGGGUGGGCCGUAGAAAUUUAAGAGCGAGAGCGCUGAGCGCUAGCGCAACACUGCCAGUCAGCGCGAGCAUUCCGACCGCCGCCAUGUGUGAGCAGAGCAAUUUGAAUGCAAAUUAUUUUCUGAAUUUGAUUCGAAAUUCAAAAAAAUUGUUGUUAUGCAUCUCUUUCUCGAUAGUGCUCAAAAUUUUCAACGAAGUCUCGGUGGAUGCCUUUUUUUACCCCUUUGCUUUUCAAUCCAAUGGAAAUGGAAAGUUAUCUGUCGUAAUGUGAACAAUUAUCUAGAUAAUUGUCAUCUAUCAACAUCUUAAAUUUCGUUUUGAAAAUACGCUCUUGCUUGAAGAAUAUAACAUAUUCUUAUUUUUUUAGUAUUUUAAAAAAUAAAAUCCACUGGGGUAAAUAAUGGGCUGAAGUCUUGACGUUUUCGUAAAUAUUUGUGUCUAAUCAAAAGAGCUGUUCAAGUCCUUGUCUAGUUAUUAUUUCAAAUCUGCGAGAGGGCAGAGGCGUCAGUCGAUAAAUGGCUCAUCAGCUAGCUUUGAUAAUGUGGCAUAACUACGAACGCGCAUCAUUGUAUUGUAAUCUGAUUGAUUUCUCUCGACCACCCACACUCGCCUCUCGUUAGGCGAUUUCCUGUGCGGCCUUGUUCGCCGCCGGGUCGUUGUCGGCAAAGGCGCAGACCGUUCUUUUGGUAUUCAAUUCUAAUGACAUUGUGUUUACUUUUCCGGAAUCAGCUGAUUGUAGUUGCAAGAAUGAAAAUCAGACUGUCGUGUUUUCUGCCGCCAAGACUGAUUACAUAAAACAAGAUUUUAUGACUGCGUGCCAUUAAAUACCUCAUCUCGUUGUAAAAAAAACUGAAAAAUAACUGCGCUCGCUUGACUUUUCAUGCUCACACUCACUUUUCUCCAAACACAUAUUACAAUAGUACGGUGUAUAUUUCCAAUCUUUUUCGUUUGUGAUUUUUUUUCUGUUCGAGACAACGGAACUCCCUUCUCAUGGAGUUUUUUCUCUCUUUAUUUACAAAACACUCAUUUCGUACGGGUCAUCUUAUGAAUCAUUGCAUGUUUCGAUUAUUGCGAUUCGCACUUUCGUUGGCCAUCCUAUGUUCCUUGCGGAGAAGUAUCUAUCUUUUGUGAGACCAAAACGGUGGCCUGGUCCAAAAUUGUGUUUGUUCGCGGUGGUGCAUGAAGACAAGUUUAGUGUCCAUUGCGCUUCAGGAUCAUUCUUGCGAUCGCUGCCUGUUGCUAUUUGUAACUUCCUUUUAGUUUAAAUCUGUAGACUAAGAUCAGCCCGAUUCGAACGUAAACAAAUCAAUCGCCACCAAUCAAUACGCAACAACAGCCACUCAUACACACAGACAGUUAUUUAUAAAGUGAAGAAAAAAUCUUAACAAAAUGCCAUAUUAUGAGAGGAAAUAAAAUGAGCUGCGAAUUUAGUAAAAAAAUCAAAACUUUGA